AUGCCGCCCAUCCAGCCAACUCGCGAGAUCCUUGCUGCUCAGGUGCAAGACCUCUCUGGCGAGAAGGUCCGCGCCGCGAAGAACAUGGCAUUCGUUUUCGACAUCGAUGGUGUGUUGGUACACGGAGACCGCCUAAUCCCAGAAGGUCAACGAACCCUCGAGAUCCUGAAUGGUGACAACGAGCUCGGCAUCAAGAUCCCACACAUCUUCCUCACAAACGGCUCUGGUAAGCCAGAACAAGCCCGUGUAGAGCAGCUCUCGAAGAUCCUACACCAGCCCAUCAGCACCGAGCAGUUCAUCCAGUCCCACACACCCAUGAGUGCUCUGGCAGAAUACUACAACACCGUCCUGGUCGUUGGUGGUGAAGGCUACCGCUGCCGCGAAGUCGCCGAAAAGUACGGCUUCAAAGACAUCGUCGUCCCCAACGACAUCGUUGCCUGGGACCCCACAAUCGCCCCAUACCGCGUCUUCACCCCUGAAGAGCGCGCCACCUCCCGUCCCCGCGACUUCUCGAAGAUCAACAUCGAGGCUAUCAUGGUCUUCUCCGACUCACGCGACUACGCGACCGAUAUGCAAAUCAUCAUGGACCUCCUCCAGUCCGAGAACGGCCGUCUCUGGACCCGCGCCAAGGACCCAAUCUCCCAGCGGAUCCCCAUCUACUUCUCCCAGGGCGACUUGCUCUGCCCAACCGAACACCCAUACCCCCGCAUGUCACAGGGUGCCUUCCGUAUCGGGCUCGAGGCCAUGUACAAGGCCCUUACCGGCGAGGACCUCGAGCGUGUGGUGUACGGCAAGCCAGAGUUGGCGACGUACAAGUAUGCCGACGAGGUGAUUGCCAGCUGGAUGGAGACUAUUCAUAAUGAGGAGAAGCUGCCGCAGAAUGUCUACAUGAUUGGUGACAACCCUGCGUCGGAUAUCAUUGGUGGCAACCAAUAUGGCUGGAACACUUGUCUGGUGCGCACUGGUGUGUUCCAGGGUGGUGACAACGAUGAGAACAACCCGGCCAACUUUGGUGUGUUUAAGAAUGUGCUCGAGGCGAUUCAGACGGCGAUCAAGAAGGGGCUGGGACAGGAGUUCAUCUUCAAGUGGGAGGAUGCUAAGGUUAACCCAUUGCUGCAGGGCAAGGAGAGCUCUGGUGCUAUUGAGUAA